UGUAGAACUACAUACCGUCAAAAAUGGAAAAAUAUUCAUUAUUAUGUGACGAGAUACAAGCCCAUCUAUUAUUGUGCCCACGGGUGGAGGGCAGCCGGGGACGAAUGUACAAUACGUAAGUUACACAAAAAUAGCCACUUUUUUACCUUAUAGUUAUAGGCGGAUUCAUCGUGACGUCACUCUUUACAUUUUUGCUCAUUAGCAUACGAGCUAACCCAUAAACGAUGUAGCCGUAUAUACCAAUUAGGUUAAAAAAUUAAGACAGCUUGUUAAUCUAUGCAGUUAUCAGUAACAAAUUAAGAAAAUAGCAGCAAUUAAAAAAUGCAAAAUUACUGGGUGGCAAAACCUUGAGCUCACACACCCUUUGUAAAUUUUGGGGGUUUUCGAAGAGAAUUUCUCCGAAACUAUUUGGUAUAUGGGGCUCAAAUUUUCAGAGAUUACGGAAAUUAUUAUGCUCUUUUGAUAUUCAGAAACUUCAUUUUAUUAGCUUCAUCAGAUAUUGAUAAGCCAAUGCUAACGAGACAAAAAAUGUAAACAAGGAUUUGCCUAUAAGUGGCCUGCAACAACAACGAAUUAAAAAAAUAUAUUUUAAUUUCUCCCACCUAAAAUCAAGGACGGAUGGCAUAGAUAUAAUUAUUGAUAAUUUUUUAGCUAUUAAGGUGGGAGCAAUCACAUAAUAAUAAUAAUAAUAAUAAUUUAUGUUUCGGAGGGAAAAGCAAAAUAAGUAAUUACAGUUGUGAGCUUUUUAUUUUUAUUAUUUUAAUUUAUUCCAGGACCUCAGUGAUAGGCGAGGCAGAACUGUUUUAGUUUACUCGCCGAGUUGCGCAAAAAUCAAUCACACAAAAGAUCUUCCAUUAUUAUUAAUUUCCGCUCUUUCUUAUUUUAAAGCAAUUUGCACAGGCCAACCAGGUUGUGCUAACGGAGGCACUUGCAUAAGCCCUGAACGAUGUCGGUGUAUGCCGGGAUGGAGGGGUGCAAAGUGCAGAACGGGUAUGUACGAUACCGCUUGCAAAGCUACUAGCUUGCGAGCAAGCUCUCCUAUUAGGGCGAGUGAAACGAGUCUCGCGAGAACGCGCAAGCGAGCGGUGAAGCCGCGAGGGGCAGAGGAAAGGUCUCCUUUCCUCGGCCCCUCGCUCGCGCGUUCUCGCGAGGCUCGCUUCGCUUGACCAAAUAGGAGAGCUUGCUCGCAGGCUACAAAGCUACUGAUAACUUGUACACUGUAUGAAAGUUCUACACCGAGACCAACCUAUAGAAGCUUUAUGCAACAAUUUUUUCACAAUUUUGACGAACUGAUUCAUGAAUGGCGCAAAAGCUGCACAAUUGUGCAGGAAGGGAAGGGGAGGGAAACAUUACCGUAGCCAAAAAUUGAAUCACGCGGUAGAUCUUUAUCUCAUGCAAUAUAAGGGCAAAACGCGAUACAGUAGGUUUUAGUUACUAGCUAUAGGGUUUUGUACAUUAUGCUAGCAUUUUUUUCGAUCAUUUUAGUGGUAUUUUUUCCCAGAAAAAUAAUUUUUUUCACAGUGAAAAUAAAAAUUUAAUGUUCAAAAUAUUCAAAUUUCACCUUAAUAAAGCCUUGAAGAGGAACCUUUUUUGUUGUAUGAAAACUAAUAAGUUUUAUACAGUUGACUCCCGAUAACUCGAACCCUCCUAAUUUGAACCUAACACUAACUCAAACCAAAGUGGAUUUCCCCUGGAUUUCCUUCGUACAUUUACUGUAAUUUUACCCUCGGUAACUCGAAACCUCUAUAACUCAAACCUCUGUCUUGUCGCACUUUGUAAUACCUGUCGCACUUGUCAUAACACCUAUCGCACUUUGGAAUAAACUUGAAAUGGUCGGAGGACAAGUAAGCAUACCCAGUCGAACUAGAAAACAAAUCUUGAAAAAUAUUGGUAGUUUGGGUGUCUAAAUUAAUACUUAACAUCUUACUGACAUACGCUACAUUUAAUGCGUAAGAUUUUAUAAAAUCCUAGACUUAUACACUUAACAGGAAGUAUUUGCUACAGUCGUGAUAGCCUGUUCCAAGCGUUCAGAUAGUUGGGAGCGGUGCGAAGUAAAAAGGAGCGCGAAAAAAUAAAAGCUUUCUUUACUUCGCACCGCUCUCCACUAUCUGAAUGCUUGGAACAGGCUACAGUCGUGAACAAACUUCAGCCUUUAGUAGCAUGGGUUUAUAAAGUAUUUACAUCGAUACCAACAGAUAUAAACGAGUGCUUGACCAAUAAUGGCGGGUGCCAGCAACAUUGUUCUGAUUGGGACGGUUCCUACAGAUGUUAUUGUGAUCAGGGGUACGCCAAGUCUGGAUUCUUCAACUGUCAAGGUAACUCUUAUAUUUCUCUUGAUCUCUUCAAAGCCGAUCAGACUUAAAUUGAUCAAAUUAUGAUUUGCUCACAAAGCUUUUUCUCGUGUUAGGUGCAGGCUACAGUCAAAUCCCUUGAGUCCUUAAGGCCGAUUCACGUACUAGGGGUUUUGCUCCCGGAGCAUGUUCCAGGCUCAUUUUGCACGUGUUAGUACACAUGAGGGAGCGUUUUCAAGUUCGCUAAAUUUGCCAGGGGGAGCUUGCUCAUCGAGCCUCUGGGAAUGAACAAACGUGACGAAUUAUUAUCAUUAUGUAAUCUUUAUCUUUUCUUCGGUUUAUUUUUCUUAGCAGCCACACCUUACCACGCCAUAUCAUGUAACUCCUGUUUAUUAUUUACAGUAGUAUAUAUUCUGUAUAUCCGUGGUUUUUCCUAAUAAACCUGAUGAAGACUGCUAUUGGCCAGUCGAAAUAUUGUAUACCUCAGCCUUUUUCACGUUGUUUGAUCAGUCUUUGCAGUAGUCUUUUUGACUUUAAUUCUAUUUUUAUCUUUUUCGACUGAUCACGAUCUUGUUUGAUCCAACGUUCAAUGAUCGUUCACGGUUUUGCAGUGGUUUUUCAAGCCUCAGUUUACAUUAUUUUUAAAACCUUAACCGGCAGCCGACCGUUUAGCCAAAGCCUUUCGCCUACCAUUUUUUCUUGUAGACAUCAAUGAAUGUCAGGGUGGCCACAGUUGUCAGCAAAAUUGCGUCAAUAAACCUGGAAGCUACUCUUGCACCUGUCGGACUGGAUAUGACCUGGACAAUAACAGCAGAACAUGUUCUGGUAGGCCAUUUCAAGAAUGAUAAAUCUGUGACAAAGAACUUGUAGAGUCUCCAUCGGGCCGAUAGGCGAACAUUGAGUGAGUUACCGCCGAGAAACUGGUAGCUGACUUGAUUAAAGUUUAGUUGGAUAAUAUGUAUCGAGUGCAGACCAGAAAGCUCUUUUUACAGUUAAAACCUAAGGACUCAAUAUGGCCAUCGGUUACUUGAAAAGCACGUAAAAGAUAUGGUGCUGCAACAACCACUCCUAACUCCAAUUUUGAAAACCGAUUUACUACCAAUAGGAUAUUGUAAGAGAGCCAUGUUUUCGGACGAUGUGAAUUGCAAAAAAGUCCUUUGUUCAGCACCUUGCAGCCUUUUCGUUGUUUUGUAGCUAGACCACUAAGAUAAGUCUCUAAUCCUUUUAAUCCGCAGAGGUAAACGAGUGUGCCCAGCCUAUUUGUCAGUACAAGUGUAACAACACAGUUGGCAGUUUCUUUUGCACUUGUCCUCAAGGAUAUCUACUUACGACUAACAAAAGGGAUUGCGCAGGUAAACUCAAACACAAAUAGGCUGAUUUAGCAACAGAACGCGAACGUCAUUUGACGACGGGAAAGCGCGCGAAAAGGACUAAACUCGACUUCAGGUGCCCAAUUUGUCGCUCUGCCAUUGGUCAAGCCAGUUGUUUGAUUUGCACGCGCCGUCGUCAACUAACGUUUCCGUUCUGUUGCUAAAUCAGCCUAAUAUGGAGAGAGGGAAGUCCCAUGGGCAUUGCUCCACUUUUCCAUACAUAAAUCAUGUCUAGAUCAGCGAUGAGUUUAACAUCAGGUUAAUUUUCAAGGAAUGAAUGCGACGCAUUCAAGUUCGACCUUUUCAAGAGGGUAUGCAUUUCCAUCACAGCUGUCCAUCAUCAUAUCUAAAGCCUUUUUGGAGGGGUUUCCUUCCUGGAACCGUUUUGAAUAAAAAGUUGGACUAAUUUUUCCUUUGCGUUGAUUUAAAAGUGAUCCGGAAAAUGGGAUAGGGUGCUUAUCUAUAUCAUAGUGGGUAGAAGGUACGAAUGUAGCCAAAUUGUUAACUCCGCAGAGGUCCUACUGAACCAAGAGUAUAACGCUGAAAGGUCUAAUAAUACAACGAAGAACGUAAAUCCCCGACAUUUCUUCCCUCCUUAACUUUUAUAUGCUACUUCUUGUAACAAAGCCCCAAAAUUAAAAGGCCUGUUACCAGAAUCGUCUAUCCCAUAAAAGUCGCCAAAAAGUAUCAGACUCAAAAUUAUUCUAACAGAGCUUUAAAUUUCGAACCCAGAAAAGGUCUUCAAGGCUCCUAAUGACUAUUGUAUCGCAUCGUACCUGGGAAAAGUGCCCACUGGGUUUUCAAAAUAUGACACUAGAGUGACUAGAUGAUACUAUUCCUUUGAUCUGAAGGUAAUUGUUCGUCCUUUUUUCUAGAUCAUGACGAAUGUACGACGGGGAAUCACACUUGUGGACAGCUGUGUGUGAAUCACCCCGGAGCCUACACUUGCACGUGCCACACUGGCUACUCACUCAACAAUGAUAACCGUUCCUGUUCAGGUUAUACGAAAUACAUUUUGUUUUUAAAAAACACAUUACAUUCUCCGUUGCAGACGAAGCACUUCAUGGAAGCGCGCGGUAACCUUUAUAUGGGUAAGCCCCCGACUUUGAGCCUUAGCUAUGCCACCGCGUUGUUUUCUGACACGAGAACUGUCUAAAACUGUCUCCUCCCGCCUAGGUGUAUAAAUGGGUACCGUUGACAUACUGCUACGGUAAGCCCCACGGGGAACUAACAUCCCGUCUAGUGGAGAGUAAUUAUAUUUCUAGGUGUUUUCUACCACUGAGAUUUGCGUAACGCAAAGACGCAUACAAUGUUGUUUAACUAUGUCAACCUAUCUUAUGACCCUCAGAUAUCGAUGAAUGUAAGACAGGUCUGGCAGGAUGUCAAUACCAAUGCAGAAACACGAAUGGUAGCUUUCAGUGUAUUUGCCCGACUGGUUACUUCCUUAAUCCUGAUAAUAGGACCUGUUCUGGUAGGCAUAGACUUUGGUUUGUUACAAGAACGCAAGUCGUAGUAACUAUAUUAGUCUGCCCAGAAGGAAGAUAAUUUUAGGGUAGAGCGGUAUAAAAUACCUAAUUGCGGGGCUCCCACGCGCGCGAAGCGCGCGUGGGACAGAGCCCCAUACCCAUAGAUUAUGGUCAACCUCUUUUCCUUUGGUUGUCACGUGAUUGACCGAGCGUACGUACGUACGUACGCGUCUACGGAUUGUACGGGUGGGGUAGGGGAGACUAUCAAAAGGAACGGAGGGGUGUCUCAGGCGUGUCUUGCCAAGUCCACAUCUUUUACGUUGGACAUUGGUCAAUUGACAGCUGUGAAAACAGGAUAGCCACCAGUAUCCCAUGACUAUAUCGCGGGCUCAUGUGUCAACUCAUUGAGGUGACGUGAUUUAUUUGGAAGCUGUCCGCUGACCAGUUAAUUAUUUUACCGCCUAAUACAGUAUCCACUGACAUUAGAAAGUUCCAGCGCACGUUCGAGGAACGAUACCGACCACGGCGAUAUGACAUUAACAAUAUAUAUAUUAUAACCUAAUUUACAAGCACAAUCAGGAUUGUUUCAGAAAGUCAUACUUCAUUAUGACUGCCGAGUUAUGGAACCUUUUACUGUGCGAGUUCAAAUUAGCCAGUAAUUCGUUAACAAAAAAACUAGCUUUUUCAAUUUUACCUUUCAAACCUUGAGACCUAUUGUCCUCCAAUGUUGCAACCUUUAAAACUGUGAUCUCAGCUUCUAUUGUCUUGUACCUCGAGCGAUUUAAGUUGCAAUCGGGACGAAAGUUCUGUUCAUAUCUCCAGCCACCCCAACCCCCGCCCCUUAUUUCCCUUUGGUUUGUCUUUCAUUUGUUAACACUCCUUUUGUUGUUAUUAUUCAUCAUUGUAAUUGUUGUGGCGAAUGCAUUAAACGAAACCAAAGUAACUUAACUUACUCUCAGCCUUACAAAAGAAAAACAAACAUGCCAGGAAGUGAAGAUGGGAGCCAUUUACCCUACCACAUUUACUUUCCGUUCUCGCCUCUGCCGCAAGCUCACUCCUGUUGCUGAAUUGUAAUCCCCCUUGCUUAUUCCCAUUCUUUGUGUUACCUAUUUAUGUCACCGGGAAGGCGUAGUUCUCAUGCAUGGUACUUUUCUCCAGAUCAUAAUGAGUGCAAAAAUGGCCAGCACACUUGCAGUCAAAUCUGUGGUAACACUCCAGGUAGCUACUAUUGCGCUUGCCGACCAGGGUACUAUCUUGAUGGCGACUUUAGAACGUGCAAAGGUAUGCGCAGUAUGUCACGAGGAUCUGGGACGUAGCCAGGAUUUUUCAAAGGGGGGGCUCACAGACAGGGACACCAUCCGGGGAUCGCCGACUAUAUAUGGUUUAUACCACUGCUCUCCCUCGUGUAUCAGCGGGCUCAGUUGUAUCAUCGCGGCAUGAAGGCCCAUAUUAACUAAAGACAAGAGCCGUUGACGAAAAUACGUUACAGAAAAACAAAUUUUAAAAAAGUGGGCUUUUCAACAAUGGCUUUUACGGCCAAGAUAUUGUCAUGGCGUUUUCGCCACCUGAAUAUUGUAGUUUGUUUGCUCAAAAGAAGGCCUACCAAGGGGGGGUCACGGGCACCCCAGGGCCCCCCCCCCCCCGAGCUACGCCCCUGAGGAUAUUACUGUUUUAGGUCAAUUUUGUGAUGAAGUCAUUACUUAGUGCCUUAAAACGUACAUAAAAAAAAUUUUAUCACGAAGCAUUAACCAUAAUAAUUGUUUAGGUGUUUUUUCAGGCAUAGCAUUAAAACUUUAAAAAGCUGGCUCAUUUUUUUCAAGUCUCAGUCCAUGUCCAUCCUUACCAUUCGUAGCAGUAGACAACAGGACACAGCUUCACUACCUAAUUUUAGUCUUAAAUAACAAAUCUGGACCAUUUUUUUGAAAUAGAAUUGAUGCAAAAAACCUUUUCAGCUUUUAAAAGGAUAGCAAAUAACUUGACAUAGCCCCUUUAAGUCAAUUAUUCUCUUUAACGCUGUCAACCUAGGACUGCUAGGAGGCUUCAAGAAAAGUCCGAUGAAGGAAAGAGCAAGGGAUUUCCUCUAAAUUACUGAUUCUUAAAAACCUAAAAAAGCGUUUGUAUCAGAUUGUUUUGAAUUGCGUGCUAUUAUUUAGUUCAUGAUGUUUGUGACGCAAUACCAUCAGAGGAAACUAUUUGGUCCACGACUAAAUCACCGUUUUAAUUUUUAAAAGUGUCAAUAUUGCAAUCUGGCCUUUUCUUUUCAACAAUUUCCUUUUAUCGUGUCGCUAAUGAUGAAUUAAAUUAAUUUCUUUACCAGGGUAUCCGUGUUCGUCCCUAUCCCAACCAGUCAAUGGAUACAUAAAUUGCACUGGAAACACAGUGGACAGUGUCUGUCAGUUUAGCUGUCAGCCUGGGUACGAACUGGUAGGAUCAAUGCUACUCAGAUGUUUGAUCGAAGCUCAAUGGAACGGAGUUCGUCCAGUUUGUAAAAGUAAGCCUACAACACUUGCAAUACGUAAAAGCAAAAAAUGUCUUGCCGUGUACAAGUCCUGUAAACUGUAUAAGUAAACGUGAGCGAAACCUAGUUACUCACUCUCGAGUGUUUCUUUGUUCAGGAGCACUAGCGUUAGAGAAGUGCUGAAACGUAAGGGCAGUAGUAGGUUUUCACCGAAAUCGACGAAGAAAGGCUUUCCCCUUUCUGUAAUAAUCACAAAUUAACUUUACCACAACUUUGAAGAACUCUUUCGGACCUACGGCGAUGGUAAACAUUGAUUCAGAAUCCACUAAUCUAAACCUUUGGUAUAUCUUAAAAACCAAGACUGCGAGAAAUUAUGAAGAUUAUGGAUUACAGCCAGCGAUGCUUUCAUAAUUACUCAUCAAUUUUCUUUUUCUCUGAUUGCAGCAAAGCAAUGUAAAAGACUUAAGCCUCCUUCCAAUGGCUUUGUCAAAAUUCCCUGCUCAACCACAUACAAAGGAAAGUGCUCAUUUGAUUGUCGCUCUGGGUAUUUCUUGAAUGGCAGCAAAACCGUUUCAUGCUCAGCUGACUCCACAUGGAUACCCACUCCUGGCAACUGUGACGGUAAGGAAUAUAAGCUUCCAGGUAUUUCAUCCUUAGGAUGUGACCGCUCUAGAUUACAUGAUUAAUUAAUUGAUUAAUGUUUUAAUAUUUGAUUGACCAUUGCAGCUAUAACAGUUUGUCGUCCCAACCCUUGCUUGAAUGGAGGCGUGUGCCGCCCUCUCAACAGCACUGCUUUUUGGUGUAACUGCACAGGCACUGCUCACAUUGGCAGCAAAUGCCAGGUCGGGAUUUUCCGCAAGCCAAAUUACCCCCGACUUGAGCAGAAUAGCAGCUGGAACUUUACUUUGUAAACGAGUGUGCCCAGCCUAUUUGUCAGUACAAGUGUAACAACACAGUUGGCAGUUUCUUUUGCACUUGUCCUCAAGGAUAUCUACUUACGACUAACAAAAGGGAUUGCGCAGGUAAACUCAAACACAAAUAGGCUGAUUUAGCAACAGAACGCGAACGUCAUUUGACGACGGGAAAGCGCGCGAAAAGGACUAAACUCGACUUCAGGUGCCCAAUUUGUCGCUCUGCCAUUGGUCAAGCCAGUUGUUUGAUUUGCACGCGCCGUCGUCAACUAACGUUUCCGUUCUGUUGCUAAAUCAGCCUAAUAUGGAGAGAGGGAAGUCCCAUGGGCAUUGCUCCACUUUUCCAUACAUAAAUCAUGUCUAGAUCAGCGAUGAGUUUAACAUCAGGUUAAUUUUCAAGGAAUGAAUGCGACGCAUUCAAGUUCGACCUUUUCAAGAGGGUAUGCAUUUCCAUCACAGCUGUCCAUCAUCAUAUCUAAAGCCUUUUUGGAGGGGUUUCCUUCCUGGAACCGUUUUGAAUAAAAAGUUGGACUAAUUUUUCCUUUGCGUUGAUUUAAAAGUGAUCCGGAAAAUGGGAUAGGGUGCUUAUCUAUAUCAUAGUGGGUAGAAGGUACGAAUGUAGCCAAAUUGUUAACUCCGCAGAGGUCCUACUGAACCAAGAGUAUAACGCUGAAAGGUCUAAUAAUACAACGAAGAACGUAAAUCCCCGACAUUUCUUCCCUCCUUAACUUUUAUAUGCUACUUCUUGUAACAAAGCCCCAAAAUUAAAAGGCCUGUUACCAGAAUCGUCUAUCCCAUAAAAGUCGCCAAAAAGUAUCAGACUCAAAAUUAUUCUAACAGAGCUUUAAAUUUCGAACCCAGAAAAGGUCUUCAAGGCUCCUAAUGACUAUUGUAUCGCAUCGUACCUGGGAAAAGUGCCCACUGGGUUUUCAAAAUAUGACACUAGAGUGACUAGAUGAUACUAUUCCUUUGAUCUGAAGGUAAUUGUUCGUCCUUUUUUCUAGAUCAUGACGAAUGUACGACGGGGAAUCACACUUGUGGACAGCUGUGUGUGAAUCACCCCGGAGCCUACACUUGCACGUGCCACACUGGCUACUCACUCAACAAUGAUAACCGUUCCUGUUCAGGUUAUACGAAAUACAUUUUGUUUUUAAAAAACACAUUACAUUCUCCGUUGCAGACGAAGCACUUCAUGGAAGCGCGCGGUAACCUUUAUAUGGGUAAGCCCCCGACUUUGAGCCUUAGCUAUGCCACCGCGUUGUUUUCUGACACGAGAACUGUCUAAAACUGUCUCCUCCCGCCUAGGUGUAUAAAUGGGUACCGUUGACAUACUGCUACGGUAAGCCCCACGGGGAACUAACAUCCCGUCUAGUGGAGAGUAAUUAUAUUUCUAGGUGUUUUCUACCACUGAGAUUUGCGUAACGCAAAGACGCAUACAAUGUUGUUUAACUAUGUCAACCUAUCUUAUGACCCUCAGAUAUCGAUGAAUGUAAGACAGGUCUGGCAGGAUGUCAAUACCAAUGCAGAAACACGAAUGGUAGCUUUCAGUGUAUUUGCCCGACUGGUUACUUCCUUAAUCCUGAUAAUAGGACCUGUUCUGGUAGGCAUAGACUUUGGUUUGUUACAAGAACGCAAGUCGUAGUAACUAUAUUAGUCUGCCCAGAAGGAAGAUAAUUUUAGGGUAGAGCGGUAUAAAAUACCUAAUUGCGGGGCUCCCACGCGCGCGAAGCGCGCGUGGGACAGAGCCCCAUACCCAUAGAUUAUGGUCAACCUCUUUUCCUUUGGUUGUCACGUGAUUGACCGAGCGUACGUACGUACGUACGCGUCUACGGAUUGUACGGGUGGGGUAGGGGAGACUAUCAAAAGGAACGGAGGGGUGUCUCAGGCGUGUCUUGCCAAGUCCACAUCUUUUACGUUGGACAUUGGUCAAUUGACAGCUGUGAAAACAGGAUAGCCACCAGUAUCCCAUGACUAUAUCGCGGGCUCAUGUGUCAACUCAUUGAGGUGACGUGAUUUAUUUGGAAGCUGUCCGCUGACCAGUUAAUUAUUUUACCGCCUAAUACAGUAUCCACUGACAUUAGAAAGUUCCAGCGCACGUUCGAGGAACGAUACCGACCACGGCGAUAUGACAUUAACAAUAUAUAUAUUAUAACCUAAUUUACAAGCACAAUCAGGAUUGUUUCAGAAAGUCAUACUUCAUUAUGACUGCCGAGUUAUGGAACCUUUUACUGUGCGAGUUCAAAUUAGCCAGUAAUUCGUUAACAAAAAAACUAGCUUUUUCAAUUUUACCUUUCAAACCUUGAGACCUAUUGUCCUCCAAUGUUGCAACCUUUAAAACUGUGAUCUCAGCUUCUAUUGUCUUGUACCUCGAGCGAUUUAAGUUGCAAUCGGGACGAAAGUUCUGUUCAUAUCUCCAGCCACCCCAACCCCCGCCCCUUAUUUCCCUUUGGUUUGUCUUUCAUUUGUUAACACUCCUUUUGUUGUUAUUAUUCAUCAUUGUAAUUGUUGUGGCGAAUGCAUUAAACGAAACCAAAGUAACUUAACUUACUCUCAGCCUUACAAAAGAAAAACAAACAUGCCAGGAAGUGAAGAUGGGAGCCAUUUACCCUACCACAUUUACUUUCCGUUCUCGCCUCUGCCGCAAGCUCACUCCUGUUGCUGAAUUGUAAUCCCCCUUGCUUAUUCCCAUUCUUUGUGUUACCUAUUUAUGUCACCGGGAAGGCGUAGUUCUCAUGCAUGGUACUUUUCUCCAGAUCAUAAUGAGUGCAAAAAUGGCCAGCACACUUGCAGUCAAAUCUGUGGUAACACUCCAGGUAGCUACUAUUGCGCUUGCCGACCAGGGUACUAUCUUGAUGGCGACUUUAGAACGUGCAAAGGUAUGCGCAGUAUGUCACGAGGAUCUGGGACGUAGCCAGGAUUUUUCAAAGGGGGGGCUCACAGACAGGGACACCAUCCGGGGAUCGCCGACUAUAUAUGGUUUAUACCACUGCUCUCCCUCGUGUAUCAGCGGGCUCAGUUGUAUCAUCGCGGCAUGAAGGCCCAUAUUAACUAAAGACAAGAGCCGUUGACGAAAAUACGUUACAGAAAAACAAAUUUUAAAAAAGUGGGCUUUUCAACAAUGGCUUUUACGGCCAAGAUAUUGUCAUGGCGUUUUCGCCACCUGAAUAUUGUAGUUUGUUUGCUCAAAAGAAGGCCUACCAAGGGGGGGUCACGGGCACCCCAGGGCCCCCCCCCCCCCGAGCUACGCCCCUGAGGAUAUUACUGUUUUAGGUCAAUUUUGUGAUGAAGUCAUUACUUAGUGCCUUAAAACGUACAUAAAAAAAAUUUUAUCACGAAGCAUUAACCAUAAUAAUUGUUUAGGUGUUUUUUCAGGCAUAGCAUUAAAACUUUAAAAAGCUGGCUCAUUUUUUUCAAGUCUCAGUCCAUGUCCAUCCUUACCAUUCGUAGCAGUAGACAACAGGACACAGCUUCACUACCUAAUUUUAGUCUUAAAUAACAAAUCUGGACCAUUUUUUUGAAAUAGAAUUGAUGCAAAAAACCUUUUCAGCUUUUAAAAGGAUAGCAAAUAACUUGACAUAGCCCCUUUAAGUCAAUUAUUCUCUUUAACGCUGUCAACCUAGGACUGCUAGGAGGCUUCAAGAAAAGUCCGAUGAAGGAAAGAGCAAGGGAUUUCCUCUAAAUUACUGAUUCUUAAAAACCUAAAAAAGCGUUUGUAUCAGAUUGUUUUGAAUUGCGUGCUAUUAUUUAGUUCAUGAUGUUUGUGACGCAAUACCAUCAGAGGAAACUAUUUGGUCCACGACUAAAUCACCGUUUUAAUUUUUAAAAGUGUCAAUAUUGCAAUCUGGCCUUUUCUUUUCAACAAUUUCCUUUUAUCGUGUCGCUAAUGAUGAAUUAAAUUAAUUUCUUUACCAGGGUAUCCGUGUUCGUCCCUAUCCCAACCAGUCAAUGGAUACAUAAAUUGCACUGGAAACACAGUGGACAGUGUCUGUCAGUUUAGCUGUCAGCCUGGGUACGAACUGGUAGGAUCAAUGCUACUCAGAUGUUUGAUCGAAGCUCAAUGGAACGGAGUUCGUCCAGUUUGUAAAAGUAAGCCUACAACACUUGCAAUACGUAAAAGCAAAAAAUGUCUUGCCGUGUACAAGUCCUGUAAACUGUAUAAGUAAACGUGAGCGAAACCUAGUUACUCACUCUCGAGUGUUUCUUUGUUCAGGAGCACUAGCGUUAGAGAAGUGCUGAAACGUAAGGGCAGUAGUAGGUUUUCACCGAAAUCGACGAAGAAAGGCUUUCCCCUUUCUGUAAUAAUCACAAAUUAACUUUACCACAACUUUGAAGAACUCUUUCGGACCUACGGCGAUGGUAAACAUUGAUUCAGAAUCCACUAAUCUAAACCUUUGGUAUAUCUUAAAAACCAAGACUGCGAGAAAUUAUGAAGAUUAUGGAUUACAGCCAGCGAUGCUUUCAUAAUUACUCAUCAAUUUUCUUUUUCUCUGAUUGCAGCAAAGCAAUGUAAAAGACUUAAGCCUCCUUCCAAUGGCUUUGUCAAAAUUCCCUGCUCAACCACAUACAAAGGAAAGUGCUCAUUUGAUUGUCGCUCUGGGUAUUUCUUGAAUGGCAGCAAAACCGUUUCAUGCUCAGCUGACUCCACAUGGAUACCCACUCCUGGCAACUGUGACGGUAAGGAAUAUAAGCUUCCAGGUAUUUCAUCCUUAGGAUGUGACCGCUCUAGAUUACAUGAUUAAUUAAUUGAUUAAUGUUUUAAUAUUUGAUUGACCAUUGCAGCUAUAACAGUUUGUCGUCCCAACCCUUGCUUGAAUGGAGGCGUGUGCCGCCCUCUCAACAGCACUGCUUUUUGGUGUAACUGCACAGGCACUGCUCACAUUGGCAGCAAAUGCCAGGUCGGGAUUUUCCGCAAGCCAAAUUACCCCCGACUUGAGCAGAAUAGCAGCUGGAACUUUACUUUUCAGUUGUCUCCACCAAAAGAGGAACUGACAAUCACAUUUAACUCAGUAGGAUUGGAAUUGCAUCCUCGGGAUCUGGUCGUUGUUCCAGUAAAACUUGAGCGAGGAAGACUGUACAUCUUUAACAUGACUGUCACGGCACGUCUCCCAGGUAUCCAUCAGAUCACUUACACCCUUUCUGGUGCUACAGCCAAGGAUUACCAGGCAGUGUUACCAGACACGGUGAUUGUUCUUGAGAAUGGCACAUCUUGCAAUGAAAAUGCCAACAUCAGUUUCCCAAAGGGCUGUCACAAAAUUGCUCUUUAUAAGUGCCCAGUAGGGAGCAGUUUUCUUCACGCAAUAUCAACGGAACCAUGGUUACGGUCCACGAGACGAGUUAGCACAAACGGAGCUGUCUCUAUCGUCUCUAGAAAUCUUACCUUACCACUCGGCUUGCGAGGAGCAACCCUUGACAAAAUAGAUCGUUUUUCUGUUUCAAGAGAUACAGUGCAAUGCUAUGACAAAACUCCUAAAAGCCUAGAAUGUUUUCCCUCUGAGACGUUAGCAACCGUUUUUCUUCAGUCUUUAAAUUCCAGCCUACCCAGCUGGUUCCAUCUUAUUCCGUCAAAAACGUUCUCGAGCCUUGAGCCAAAUGACGUCAUCACUUAUAUUUGGACCGGAAAGGAACUCAAAGGUGUCUUGAAGGGUCUAGGACUUUCACUGAAAGAUCAUACCUACUACUCUGUUCUUUUAUACACUGGUGCCAUAACCGUUGUAGUUAACGGGACUUUUGUAAAGCUACCAAAAUAUGGCAAAAAUUCGUUCCUUUUGGCCGCUGUGGAGCUUUGCUUAGACGACCUUUCCCCCAAGGUGGUUCUUGCCUUCAAUCCGCUAUCCUAUGUUACACUCAGAAGUAUGCCCCUGUACCAGGAACUUGCAACUAAAGGCUGGAACAUCUCUGUUCUGGCAAUGCAGUUUUUUGGACAAAGGAAAACGAGCUAUUCGGUAAAUGUAUGGAAUCGAGGAAAUGUUUUCAUACCUGGCAACCUGGAACUCUAUGGAAGAGUAGAAAAGACCAUUUUUGGGUCUCAUCCCAUCCAUUUUAUGAAAGUUAGUUUAGUGGGAAAUGCUGUUAUCGGCAUUCAGGAUGACAACAAUGUAAGUUUGAACAAAAGUAAACUUAUCUAAAAUAUACAUAAUUAAAACGAUGGAGCGUGGUUGCAUAUGGGCAGUUCCAAAAACACACAUACAAAAUUCAAGAUUUACAUAUUUACAUAUCACUAUUGCACGUUCUUGAAUCACGGCAAUAGAGGGUCGGUGUUAUUUUGGACAAAUUUGACAACGCCUACAAGGAAGUGUUCCACAGCAUAGAGACAAAAGCUUCGUAAGGAACACUGGAUACGAGGAAUGUUACAUUAAUUUCAAACGUCCCUGUAAAAUUAUUUCUUAUUGCAAAAGAGAUUUCUUCAUUCUGUCCACGGAAUCACCUUGGACCACGAAAACGCAAUGACAAGUUACUUUGUUGACGGCAAUAUUGUAUAUCUUCAGCACUACUUGUUUGCCAAAACCUAAGGCUAACAUACUGUUAUUAAACACAGGUGUGGGUCAAAAAUCCAAGAUCUUGGACGGCUGGUAUUCGAGGACAAACGAAUGUGUCCGUUGCUCUUUCCGUGCUAAAGCAACAGAUAAUAUUCAACAUAUCAUUACAUAGGUGCUCGGGAAAAGUGCGAUACCAAGGUCAGUGUGCAAGGAGAAGGUUCUCUGGGCCUCUAAUAUAGAGUAGUAAUGAAAUCGCUUAAGUAAACAAUCACUCAUUGACGAACCGACACUUUUCCAUGAUAGGAUGCGUAGCUAGUUUCUGUUAAGAUGCUAGGGAACUUUCUGCACUUACGUUGAAAAAAAGUCUUUAUUGUUUUCGUCUUAAAUCUUCACAAGCCCGUUUUGGCUAAAUUUUACCUAGAAACUAACCUGCAAUAGAUCUUGCCUGUACUUUGGUUCAAUGAAAACCCAACAGGCAAAUAAAUUUCAGUUUGAAACUUGCAAAAUACAGUUGAACCUCUCCACAACGGCCACCUUGGAGACAGACGAACAUGGCCAUUGUUGAGAGGUGGCCGUCCGCCAAAAAAAACGUGGCCGUUGUAGCAAAGUGUCCGUUGCGGAGAGGUUGCCCUUAAUGGAGGUUCAACUGUAAUACAUAUUCCUAGCUUUUACCAGAGCUUUCGCAUGGGAUUCAAAGGACAUGGUUGGUGGUUGAUUCACUACACAUGUGCAAUGGCCAGCAGGUUGUCCACACCUUAGUUCUCGCGCGAAAAGUCAAAUAACCUUUUGGGGGGCCAAUGAGCCCCUAGAUUUGAGACCAAGAAUGUUUUAAGAAAUCCUGGACAGGACCCAAGAUCUGUUUAUGAGAGUUGUUUACGAGACCAUCCACAUUCAGCGACUACGACCGUGAUGAAAAUGUAACACAGAUCAUUAUCGCUGAAGUCACCGCCGGUGCAUGUGUGAUUUCUAUAGUGAACGCAGCAUGCCUGUUCUUAAAAAAUUUUUCUGUGCAGUGAAUUUACUUUGGUAAUCGUUUUUUAAAGGUAUGAAAUCUUACUAUUUACUUUUAACAGAGUACGAAAACUACACAUCUUGCAAGUUCCAAGAUACAUACGAAAUGUCCCUGAACGGCCUCUUGCAAAAAGACCCCUUUACGUCUACUCUACUUGGCUCUUUCAUAGAAAUUCCUAACAGCAAUGUUUCGUUGUUUGCCAAAUCUCACAAUUUGAAUAAUUCCUCGUUAAACUCGAGAUCAGCCACGCAUUUGGAGCUUUACAUAUUAAAUGGGACAAUUAAGUUUGGACCACUGAAGUUUCCCAACGUGACCAUUGAGACGGAAAUUGCCACUAAUCAAACUUUUGAACGAUGCAGUGCUAAAAGGAAAGCUCAGGAUCUGAAAUUGUCCGCAAGUUUCAACCAGAAGGCAGCAUUAGGAAGAUUUUUUACAAUUUCCCAAUCGGAUUCUGUCCAGAUAUUUCUACCUUUUGACAGCCAGAACAAAACUUAUGGAGUCCUUAACGCAACAGUGUCACUACUGGGUGACUCGUUUGGGUCGCAAGUCACUAUUUCAAACACCUCUGCGAGUUUUCAACGAGACUUCCUCCUCUUCAAAACAUAUCGCCUAUCGUUAAGUGGCUCGAGUCGACUACAGCCUUGGGAUUAUUUACUUUUAAAGGUUACCGGAAUAUUUGGAAGGUCCAAUAAAGGAGGCACGAAUGAUGCUUUAGAAGACGUCUUGAAGAAGAUGAUAAACGAGUACAUUCAAGUUGUUGUAGAGCACACUGUACAACGACUUGUAGCCCUCCAAAAUAUCGAUGACAAAAUGAGCAAAAGGUUUGAACAAAGUAAAACAAGACUUCUUCGUGCCGAAAAUAGGACUAGUUUGGCCAUCACACGAUACCUGUGGGCGUUAAAAGCCCAAAAAGUCGCUUCGAAGGAGGCUAGUACUGCCGAGAAAAAUGCAUCCGUAAGUAACCAAGAAUUCAACAAACUCAAAGCAUCGCUCGAACGACUAUGUUCCGUAACUGAAUGUCCCUAUGUCUGUGUGGCUGGAACAGCAUGUAACACUUGUUACAAAGACCUCAUAAGUGAGGAACAAGGACUUUGUCCUGCGAUUUGUCAUAAUGUCUUAAAGAAAAGGGUCGCACCUUUUAAGGAGAUGGCAACCUGCCUGGAAGAGGAAUGCGAUCAUUCGGGGGGUGACCUCUUAUCCUUCGUAAGCUGUAAUUUUGAGAAAGUGGGAAAAGCGGUUGCUAAAACAGUAGCUACGGGCGUUUUGACGUCCGUAGGCGUUCCACCACAGGCUGCCUAUCCACUUGCAAACGGAAUAGUUAAGCUUGCUGAAACUGGAAGCGUAGAAGAAGCGGCGAAAUCUGCCGGAGCUUACUUGUUCGCUACGCGCUAUAUCAAUAAGAACACGGUUAUCAAAAUGGCGAAAGAUGCAAACUCUGAACCAAACGAUAACAAAAACCUUGACGGUAAAGUACUUGCAGGGGUUGUCAGUGGAGUGGUCGAUGCAGUCACCGGAUGUAACGAUGAGGGUGAAUGGAACUGCUACGUUGAACCUAAGCCUUGUGAAAAGGAUGUCUUCAAUUAUAGUUUCACUGAAAUACCUUACUCAUGUGUGAUUUCAUGUAAAGUGAACGUUAUAAAAGAAACUGUUGCCACUCCGUGUUGCAAAGUAGUAAACUGCGCAUCACGGAUAAAGGAGUUGAGAUGCAAGGAAAAGAACGCGUUCUGCCUCAAGACCACAGAAAAAGCCCUGUCCAAGCUUAACACAGCAAAAAGUAAUCUCUUAAAACCAUUCGCAAAGUUACAAAAUGCAAAAAGGAAACUCCGAAUCGCCGAGAUUGAACUUGUCAAACAAAAGAUUGAACUGGAAGGUGCUUCCAGUGAACGCAACAUUCUUCGAAGAGUACAUGAUGCUGUUGCAAAAGCAAGUAAAAUCUCACAAAGGGCGAAUGGUGAGAACCGUGCCCUUCUAAAGGACGCAAUUGUUUUGGCACAACUUUGGAAUAGUACCAAUCAAACAUGUCCAGUGGAUAUUAAGGAAGUUUCAUUUGGUCUUACCUUUUCCUCGCCCCGCGAAACUUCCAUACCAGUGAUGUUCAAAAUAGCCUCAAAGGACAUAGAGAAAACGAUCUUUCCAAUCCUCAAUUUUGCAUCAUUGAAUGAUUCCUUGCAACAGGUAACGAAACAAAUAGUCAGAGAACUUUUUGGUAACGUGAGCUUUGUUCUCCGUUCCGGUCAUCCAUUAAAUCAGAUGUCCUCAGCUAAAAGUGCAGAGAGGAGGAGGCGAGCCAUUGAUAAAGGCAAUGCUGAUGUAACGAAUCUGCUUGAAUUCAAGAAAAAAUGUGCCUUAGUUACAAACUAUCAUCGCGUCUUGACUGACAUAUUAAGGUCACUUUAUAAGAUCUCUGCACAGUCAUUAAUGACUUUCACUUUUUUCACGAAUCAAACCAUAACACAACGGCAUGCUGAAGCCCAUGAUUUUGCUGUCAACAUGACGCAAGCAGCGGAGUUUGGGCUCACCGCUAAGGAUGUCAAGGAGUCCAUGAAGGCCGUGUCCUCAGACUUGGAGGUUAUAACUGCAGUUAGUUUGAUUGAACUAAGAAAUGCAGCCAAUCACAAUAAAGUGCAAACAGCGAUUGGGGUUGUUUACAGAGAAUGGGAAGCGAGUAUGGAGCGGGUGUUUAACGGCACAUCACUAGAAUGCAAUGGUUUCGUGGAUUGUGUGGAAGACUUUGUGGACAACUGGAACUAUCUCUACCAAGACGUAACUCUCCCUGAGGCAGUCAGGCUGAAGAAAACAUUAGCAGUACUGAGGACGGAAGUCAAAGCCCUUGUUUCCUUUGAAGACCUUACAGUGGCUGAAGCGGCUGAGAAAUCUUCUAGAAUUCUACAGAUUUUGCAAGACAUCAAGAAUGAAAAAAUUUUCUGUGCGGUCGCUCCCAACAUUACAAAUCACCCGGAAGUGAUGAAAAACAUGAAAACUGGACAGACGCUCGAGUUGACUUGCAAAGCUGUCGGAGAUCCCGCGCCAUCUUAUCGCUGGAAGAAAAAUGGCGUGCUUCUGCUAGAAAGGGACACAGAGAAUCUGCGAAUCGAAAAAGUGACAACAAAAGAUAGCGGUAAUUAUACAUGUGAAGCUUACAACCAUGUGAGUGUGGAGACAUCGACGCCCAGUUUAGUUCUGGUACACCCACCUCCAACCCUGGUAUAUCAGCCUCCAAACAAGCUAAACAUUCCUUUCAACACCGGCUUUUAUUUGCGCUGUAAGGCAACCAGCUUGGUUCGACCACUUCGCUAUCAGUGGCUUUUCAUGCCUUUCGAAGCGAAUGGAUACAGCAUGGUUGAAAGAGGCAACUUUUCCGUAUUGAAGUUCACAUCAGUCCAGAAUCAGGAGGAAGGAUUUUACAAGUGUAACGUGUCCAAUCCUUUCGACUUCACUUUGUCUCAUGAUGUCCACGUCAGAGUUCUUGGAUUUUCUUUGGUGGUGCCUUCGUUGGGAUUAUCGUUUGAGAUAGUUGGUAACUACAAAAGUCUUCAAGAUUCUUAUGAAGUAAACAAUCAGAUGGAUAUUGAUAACACUCCCUUACACGACAACGAACGUUUUCAGUUAGACGUACAAUUUUCUUUUAAAAGAGUGGUAAGCAACUUGGCGAACCUUUCCUCUAAUGCAGUGAGGAAUCUUACUAUACAUGACUGCAAAAGCAACGACCAGAAAAACGUCUCUUGCAGUGCAUCCCUGAGGUUGCUCAGCUUAAAUGUAACAGGACCAGAGUCGACUAACAGAACCGAGAGGGAGAACGCUCGAAGUGUAGUGGAGUCUGUGAAUGUGAUGAAACAGUCUGUAGCUGUUCUGGUUAACGAGUCAAAUACUAGAGGAAUCAGCUUAAAUAUCAAAGAUGUCAUCCUGAACAUUGAUCCAAGCUCAUGGAAAACUGGAGAGUACAAAUCCAUGUGUCCUACUGGCACGAUGUUGUAUGUAAAUAAUUUCCUUUGCGGUAAGUAACUCUGUUGAGAUCCAAACUAUGUAAUCAAAAGACAUUUCCAAACUAAACUUGAAAAUCACGGACCAGAUUUGUGAUUAUUAUCACGCAAUGAAGAAAAAGGAACGCAAAAGCAACAGCGGCCAUUGCUCAGCUUUGGCUACUAUGUUUGUCCUGCCCUUAAGACACACUCGUAUCAUUUUUAAAAACCAAGUUUGUGCAGGAGGCAGCAAAAUUGGACGAGUUGUUCAAUCGCCCAAGGUUUUAAAUCUCGAUCGCUUCGGCCACUAACUGGAGCAGUCACGUCCCCAGGGUCUUCUCGUUUUCCAAAAGACUCUGGGGUCGAGGUUGCUAACUGGGGCUGUUGCUCGAACUAGUUUACUUCCAGUCAGACGGGAAAUCAACCUACUGAUCCUAAUUUUCUGGUUUUUCGAGAAAAAUUUCUGUCAGUACCUUCACUCUUCAGAGACAGGUUUUUUAUUUCUCACUUUGGAAAAGUUUCACCAGCUAUUAAGUAGUUAACGGAACAGGUCACUUUUGAAUGUGCGCCUUUCAUUAUUCGUAUAUGGCAAUUUUAGGACAGAUAAUUUUCAGUUUCUAUUCCUUUUUGAGUUAGCUGAACUGUAAAAUGAAGUAUGUCAGUGGUUUGGAAUGAAAGAGGCAUUGCCUACGUUUCCAUUGUCCUUCAACGCUAGACUAAGUGAAAUUUAACAUUUAAAACCUGCUAAUGACCCGCCAGAUCGUUCGCUCCUUUCUAGCGUCGAGCCAGUAUAAGGACUUAAAAAGAAGUGUGGUAGAAUUAUCUUGAGCGCUCAGAUUUGGUUGGAGACUCGAAGUCGUAUUGAAACUCUUCCUAGUAGACUAAUGUAAGGAUCCGCAUAAAGUUCUAAACUUUUUUUUUUUACAGUGAACUGUCCAUCGGGUACUUAUGGUGCCUUAAAUGGGACAGCGACGGCAUGCUUUCCGUGUCCUAUUGGAACAUACCAACCACAUCAGGGACAAAUGUCCUGUUUUCUUUGUCCCUCGGGUUCUAAUUCCCGCAAAACAGGAUUAGAAACGCGUUCUUCCUGCAAAGGUAAGGCUAGAUGAUAAUGAUACGCGUUGCCUCCUCUCGCCAUAGCAAAUCUGCAACAAUCGUCACUGCUAAGCAGUUUUAAGCCAUCCAUUGUGAGAGUAGUAAUAAUCUAUAACUGGAUUUAGUUACUAAUAAAUAACAAAAGAACGUUUCUCCCCUCAUUUGGGCCAGUCCACCAUUUUUUAGUUGAACGACAUACCAUCCUCUAUAAGCUGAAAGCUGAAAUUGUACAACAACACGUAAAUUCUUUAAUGGUCUUCUCGUACAUCUUUCACCAGAUAUCGUUACUUAUCCUACGACUUUCCCUCCCACUGAAACCACGUUGAAGGAGUCAGUGGCGACUACUGCUACAGACGAAACCAGAACCACACGAAAAGGAGAAGUUGACAAGACGACUAGGAGUCCAAACGCGUCCGGGCUUGGAAGUGAUAAAGAUGUCGCCACGAAAUGGAAGAUAGCCUUUGGCGCAUGCGUGGCUGUUAUUGUCAUUCUACUGGCAGGUUCGUUCCAUCGCAAACCAAAUUAGGCAUUUCUAGUAUUUUUCUGUAUGCAUGGUUAGUCCUUCUAAGCUCUCAGAGAUCACUUUAUUCAAAGACUCAAGAUUGAGAUUGGUAGAUUGGUAGAGGGUUAAUUCAAUCAUAUGACUCCCUACACUGAAUCGGUGGAAUAUGAUGAGGGUCGAAAAUGUAAUUGUUUUCAAAGAACACUAUCUGAAUCACGCUACUCAUUCAUCAACAAUAAGAACUAAUAGAAGGGGUUACUUUUAAACAUUUUUUUAGUGCUGAGUUAAUAAUGAAAAGUAAAUCUGCCAUCGUAAAGAGAUUCGAAAGCUGACGUUUCCACUGACAUCAGUUGACAGACAUCAUUUGAAAGCCCGAUUAGUAAGAUCGAGAACCGACACACAUUGCUGCCAUGUAAUAUGAAACGUCCAUAAGCAUUAUAAUACACUUCCAUGUAUGAGAUAAAUUUUCUUUUCGCAAAAACAAAGUUAUAAAAUAAAAAGUGCUAAACUAUAAUUUUAUCAGGGCACGAAAAUUGCACUGCUAUAGUCGAACGUGGGAUAUUAUAGUAGGAAAGAAUUUCUAUACAAAUGUUACGAUUGGACCAGGUCUUGUUACAAAUCGUUUUGUAAAAAUUGUUGUUGCUUCUUCUCUUCUUAAGGAGUGUUGGCGUACGCUAUUCGCUAUCGCGUCAAGAAAAUCCCCCAUUUUAAAACUGGCAAGAUGAGAACGUCAGCUACUGAUCAAACCUUCCAGAAUCCCAUAUACGAUACGAACGAGGAUGUUAAGGAGCGACCGGUACUCAGUCAGAAGAACCUAAUUUACCAGUCCGGGGACCCAUCUGCUGUUAAG